AUUCGUUCCCCUUUCCCGAUCUGAUGCCGCUGAGCCUUGUCCGCUGUCUCCCAAACUAUGCAUACUUAUAUCUAUGUCAUCCGUCGAUCUUUCCGUUGUCCUGGCCCUAGUCUCACUAACUAACCGGGUCCGUUUCUCUCUCCAGAUAAUAAACCCAUACACACACGCACGCUUGUGCCUCCCGCCACAAUUAUAUAUCCUCCUGUCCAUCCAUCCUCCCUCCACUGUCUGGGCCCAAGUCCACCAUCAACCCUUCGUCCACUUACAGUCGACACCGGUCCGCAGACUCUUGACGACUCUGCCCCUCAAGACACUACACCGGCAACACCAAGCCUCAACCUUCAAAGAAAUUAUCACAACCAAGCUUCAGCCUCUCAAGAACAACCACAGCAAACAUCAUGUCUUCACAACGACGUGGCCCGUGGUCCCAGAAGGAGGAUCACCUUCUUAUGCAUCUCGUCUCCAUGUCUGGACCUCUCAACUGGGUCAGAAUUUCACAAGAGCUCACCUCGCGGACACCAAAGCAAUGCCGUGAACGCUACCACCAGAACCUCAAGCCGACCCUAAACCACGAGCCCAUCACACCAGAGGAGGGUGUGAUGAUUGAGAGGCUGGUGGAGCAGAUGGGCAAGAGAUGGGCAGAGAUUGCGAGAAAGCUGCACAACAGAAGCGACAACGCUGUCAAGAACUGGUGGAACGGUAGCAUGAACAGACGCAAGCGCAUGGUCGGCCGCAGGCGAAACAGCUCUUACGAAGACCACCACGACGGCAUGGGAUACACGAGGGCGGCCCCUCCGCCAUCAUUGCGCCUCGCCACCUUCUCCCAGCAGCCGCAAUAUCACCAGCAACCACACUACCCACAACACCACCACCACCACCACAUUCACACUGAGCCAGCUUACUCCGGACACUACAUGCCCUCUGCAUGGUCAAGGCAUCACGGCAUGCCCUCACCAUCAGCUGUCUCCCCCGGUGGCGAGUCGGUUGAUGGAGUGCCGUCUCUCGUCUCGGAUGCGGGCUCUGUGUAUGCCACCUCACCCAAGUCGACUGUUAUCUCCGAGACUCCCAUCGAGCUCCCCCCACUACGAAUCGGAGAGUCGGCGUCACCAGUCACACCCUCUUUCAGCUGCAGCCCCAAGCUUCACUCGUUCGCCAGCGGCCAUGACCAGCUUCGCCUGCCUCCCAUCAAGCCUCAAGCCGACAGUCGCUCGCAGCUUCCCACUGCACCCAACUCCCCUGUGUUCCUCCAGCGGACACCGCAGAGCGAGGAGUGGGUUGCCCCGCGGGACUCGAGGAUGAAGAUGAGCAGUCUUUUGUCAUAAAUAUAAUCGCGUCUGUACAAGCAUCUAAUAUGGCGUUACUGGUUUCGUGGGAGAGGACGAAUGCAUAUGAGCGGGGAAAGGGAAAGCAUCAACAUGUAUAGCGCCUUUAAUUUCUUGACGAUUGGUCGACGGAUACCCAAGCGAUGGCGUAUAAUACUAUCAAAUAUUUAUCUCUUUUCGCCAUACUAAACUUCUUCACUG